CCGGCGUGACGCUCGGAUCUCGUUGUUAUCGCGUUCGCUGCCGCGUCGUUUCGCCGAGUUUUGAGCGGCCCUUCCGAGGACCGUGCGAAUCUUAGGUUAGGUUGGGGGUCGCGUGGUCGCCAGGUCGGUCCAGGCUUGGCCGGCAGGUGGCGGGUGGACCGGCGCGCCGAAAAACAGGACCGCGAACAGUCGUGAACGGGAACGAGACCAGGCCUGCCGCCAUUGGCGGAGCCCAGAGGCCGGAACAAUGCUGACUACUCUGAUGGCCAUCGUCGCGGUGAUCCUGUGCAUUCUCUUCCGUAUACUAAACGUGAACAGCGCCCCGCAGAAGCCCCAGCUUUACUGCCAGGAUCAGGCCUUCCUUGCGAGCAUCCUCAAGAUCUCCCCGGUGCUCGCCGAGCCAUACAAGCCGACGAGAUUAUGGGGUUUCAGCGGACAUGUACAGACGGUGGUGCACAGUGUCAUCGGAAGAGUGAAAUGCCCCUGGCCAACGGGAGAGCGAGUUUAUGUUGCUUUACCGGACGAGACGACCCUGACCUACGAUCUGUACCAACCCCUUUCUUCCUUCGAGGACGAUGUCACGAUAGCCAUCUGUCCCGGAAUCGGCAACAGCUCCGAGAGUGUCUACGUUAAGACUUUCGUCCACUUCGUCCAGUAUCACGGUUAUCGGUGUGCAGUACUUAAUCAUAUCGGGGUUCUCGCCAAUGUCAAGCUUACUUCCCCGAGGAUAUUCACUUACGGCCACACGGACGAUUAUCACGCGAUGCUGCUGAACCUGUUGGAGAAACACCCGAAUACGAGGGUUGUUUGCAUCGGGUUCAGUUUAGGUGGGAACAUCGUGACCAAGUACAUCGGAGAACGAGGGACGAACAAGCUGCCCAACAUCAUCGGUGGCAUUUCCAUUUGUCAAGGCUACAAUGCCAUAGAGGGCACAAAGUUUCUGCUCAACUGGCAGAACUUCAGGCGCUUCUACUUCUACGUGAUGACCGAAUCGAUGAGGAACAUCAUCCUGAAGCACAAGCACGUCCUUCUCUCGGAGGAAGUGAAACGACGACAUGGCCUCAACGAACGGGAAAUCAUUUCCGCGGCGACCUUACCCGAGCUCGACGAAGCUUACACAAGAAAGGUGCACAACUUCCGGUCGGUGAAUGACAUGUACAAAUGGAGCAGUUGCAUUUCAUAUUUGGACGGCGUUAAUACUCCCAUGGUGUUCAUCAAUGCGUUGGAUGACCCGCUCGUUCCGGAACCGCUAUUGGAGCCUAUCAAGGACUUCGCAAAGAAUCGUUCGAACGCGCUGUAUGUGGAAUUGGCACAUGGUGGUCAUUUGGGCUUUUACGAGGGUGGCUUGGUGUACCCGAACCCCAUUACAUGGUUGGACCGCACCCUGGUAUCCCUGGUGGGGUCUAUCACCAUGGUGCAGGCAGACAAAGCUCUGAAGGUUUCUUAAGUUCCCCUGGAGUUUGCCGAACACUCGCACGAGGUUGCUUCUGGCUACCGACAGGAAGGGAGUCCUCUCAGUCGACGGAGACCCCCGAAAUUCGCGGGUACAUAAUCGCAGCUUUCCGGCACUUUUGUCCGACUCGCUGAGAGGCCCACGGAGAGACGACCUCGGAUCCGAGAAUCCAGUCGUGAGCUUCCGACCCCUGAAAGAGCGAAAUGGUCCUCGCCGUAUAUCUUAUAAUUUUCUGCCAAUCUCGAAAACUCGCCUCGAUUUUGAAAUUGAUAAAGGGAACCCUCUCGGUUGACGGCGACGCCCAAAAUUUGUGGAAACAAUCGCAGCUUUCCGGCACUUUUGUCCGACUCGCUGAGAGGCCUACGGAGAGACGACCUCGGACCAGAAAGUUUAGCCGUGAGCUUUUGAUUCCUGAAACAGCGAAGUGGUCCUCGCCGUAUAUCUUAUAAUUUUCUGCCGAUCUCGGAAACUUUCUUCAAUUUUGAAAUUGCUAAAGGGAACCCUCCCGGUCAAUGGAGACACUCAGAAUUCGCAGCUACUUAAUCUUGGUUUUACAUCGUUUUCACUGACGGUGACCGAUCAACGAGAGAAUUACCUCAAAAUCGAGUUGCAAGUUAUCGUUCGCCGAAAGAGCGAAGUGACCCUCCCCACAUAUCCUGUAAUUUUCUAUUAAUCUCAGAUACGCGCCAUGAGUUUGAAAUUUUUAUUGGGAACCUUUGCAGUCGACGGAGAUACUCCGAAUUCGCGGCUACCUAAUCGUGAUUUUACGACAUUUUUAUUAACAAUGACAGAUCCACGAGGAAAUGACUUCGAAAUCGAGUUGCGAAUUUUCGAUCACUGAAAGAGCGAAGUGAUCCUCGCCACAUAUCCUGUAAUUUUCUAUUAAUCUCAGAUAUGAGGCCUAUUUUCAAUUUGUUAUAGGGCACCCUCUCAGCCAACGGUGACAAAAAAUUGUCGGUUACAUAAUCGCGGUUUUACAUCGUUUUUUUUUUAUUCAACGACAAAGCCACGAGAAUUUACCUUUUACUUAAGAGUCUGAGCAUGAGUUUUCGGUUCCAUUUUGCACAUCCAAUAAUUGCUCGUUGAUCUCAAUUACAGUUUAGAUUGAGUUUUUGGAAAUUUCUAAUUAGGGCGUGGGCUCUGAAUAUUGUUUAAUCGCGUUCUUAUAGAUGAUCAAUUUCAGGGUAAGUGUAUAUAUGAACCGUGUAAGGUGUUUUUCGAAAUUCGGGUCCUUAAGGUCUUCUCUAUUCAGCCAUUUUUUUUUUUUUUUUUAAGCAACGUUGAAGUGUGAAUGUAUUUAUCUGUAUCGCAAAGGAGAUAUCAUUUAUCAAUGUUGAAAGCAACGUGUUGCAUAAACUGUCAGCUUUUGGAUAUACAGGAUGAACUUCUUUGAAGGGAGUUGAAUUUUGAAAAACGCCAAAAAGAAUGCUGAUAAAGCGAGGCUUUAUGGAAAUUGAUUUAGCGAGGUUUGUCAGCAUCUGGGUUAAAUAAUUAUUAGAGUCAAUGCAGGUUAUUUGCAGUUAUUUUCGUCAAGUAGACAAGUUUUGCAUUUUGUUGCUCUCAGACAUGUCCUCGAUGAUGUAUGCAACAUUAAAAGAGUCCUUUAUUUUUCCCUCCAUUUGCGAAUUUGGACUUCGGAGCAAUUUUUAUUAGGUCAAUGUCGACUGCACGCGAAUCCGUGAAUACUGUACAUUCAUUGAAAUACGUGAAAAACCGUAUAAAUUUAUAAAUCGUAACGAGUACGCAAUAAAGCGCCGUGUAUACAUUAAAUUGCGAUAUGUAAUUGAGGAAGAUUUAUUAUCGGUUCGAGUGGUCAUCCCUUAUAAUGGUUUUGUUAACACAUUCGCGACCGCUGACGUGAAUUCACGUCAUUUUAAAUUCUAUUCCUGAUUGCAGCUGACGUGAAUUCACGUCCAUAACAAUACACGAUAAAAGUUUGCGGCAACCAGUUUAAGAAUUUCAUUAUUUUCGCCGGUACUCAGUAUUUGAAACGGACAAAAUUUGCCGGUCACGAAUGUGUUAAGCAGAUCCAUUAUUGCAUUUCAUUGUCUCUCGAGAGUGCUCUUGAUGAUGUAUACAAUAUUGAAAGUCGUCCCUUUUUUGCAUUUACGAAUUUUCCGAGUUUGGCGUUCGGUACAAUCUCUGCCGACGUCGAUUACACAAACUUUCGAGACGUAUACAUUUGUAGGAAAACUGAUGUUACCGUUAAGACUUAGAAAUUGUUAGAAAUAUGCGAUAAUGUGUCGCGUACACCUCAAAUUGCGGCACAUAAUCGUAGGGGACAUUGUUUGCCGCAGUUUCUACCAAGGAAAGAAUUGAUUGUAUUUCAUUUAUUCUCAGAUGUACUCACGAUAAUGUUGUAUACAACAUUGAAAGAUUCGUUUCUCUUUGCAUUUCCAGAUUUCCGAAGUCUGGACUUCGGAGUAAACCCUGCCAAGUCUACGUCGACUGCACAGAAAUUUGCGGGAAGUGUACAUUUGUAACAAUACUUAUAAAACUGUAUAAAAAAAAGAAAAAGACUUGGAAAUUGCGACAAGUACGCGAUAACGUGCUAUGUACAUAUUAAAUUGCGGCAUAUAUUCCUCGUCGAAAUAAUCGCGACACCUGGAAUUAUAAUCAGAGACGAUGAUAUAUUAUUUAGGAUAAUGUAAAGAGAUAGUGAUUUGAUUUUGGUUUGAAAAAGAAAAAAUACUUGCAAUUACCGAGGUGUGGUCAUGGUCUCCUUUCAUUGUGUUAAACAAUAUACGUCGUUAUCAAAGAUGUUCAGCUUUGACUUUUGGGUGUUUCCAGUUUUUGGCGAACAGUCUAUAAUCGAGGACAUUUCUUUUGUUUUUCUCGUACUUUCUGUUAAGCAAAUCAUUCUUGCAUUUCAUUUAUUUUUAAAUAUGCUCUUGGUAAUGUUGUAUACAGCAUUGGAAGUUUUAUUUUUGUUUUUUGCAUUUACGGUUAUCCGAAGUUUAGGCUUCGGAGCAAACUCUGCCAGGUUCACGUCGACUGUGCGCAGAUAGGCGACGAUUAUUAAUUCGUAGUAUUUGUUAAACCGCUUAAACACGAGGUUUGUUCGCUUUGUCUACAUUUUCUACCCUCGAGGGUAACGAGGGUAUUACACUUUUCUUGAAAAGUGCAGAAGGGUAGAUACACUUUCAUUGGCAUCCCGAACUUCGGAAAGCUCAAGAAAAUACAAGAUGGCCGCUUUAGCGGGACAGUCUGCGAUUUUGGAGCUAUUCUAAAAUUCACAAUUUAUUCCAUUCCAACCGCAGUUACGCGGUAAUACACAAUAAUUGUAAAUAAAUAAAUUACAAAUCAGUA